AUGAGCACUCUCUUCGAACGGAAAGUCAAGGACCCGGUCCUGAAGCUGCUCAAGUCUGGCGCUUCGCCCAGUAGCAUCGCUCUGGCCAUGGCCUUUGGCGUCUCCGGGGGCAUUUUCCCCGUCCCUGGUGUCACUACUGUGCCCGUCAUGGCGGCCAUCUUCCUUUUUCGCCUCAACCCCGUGGCUGCUAUGCUCACGAACUACCUUGUCACGCCGCUCAAUAUUGCGUCCAUCCCUGUUUUCAUCUAUUACGGUAACGUUAUGUUUGGCGGCGGUGACGGAGGAGACAGCGGGUUUGUGAUGAGUAGCUUCAUGGAGGACGUGAAGAAGGACACGAUCAACACGCUGCUACUCUUCCGCUUCACGCUAUUGCAUGCCAUCUACAUCUGGCUACUGGCUAUGCCCGUGGUCACUCUGGCUGUCUACAGCGUGCUUACCCCUAUUCUGCGUCGCGUCAUGCCCAAGGCCAAGAAUGAGGUCAAGCACGCAUAA